AGUCCUCACCGGUGCCUGUAAAUGGUGGCCUCCCCACCCCACCUCAGCACGGACAGCUGGGCAAGCACUGUGCUCCUGCGCUGUCAAUGAGUAACUUCUGGGUGGCCCCUGGGAGCGGAGCAGUGGGGUGGAAAGGAAAAAGGCCAGUUUCCCACUAAUCCCCUUGACUUAGUUCUUAUCUCAGCCCUUAUUUCCUAUCUUCAGGUGUGAAGGACAGAGCUUAGGAGCUCCUUUGAGUGGUGAAGACAGCCUCAGGAGGGCAGGGAGAGAUGUUUGCUCUUUGCAGACAGAAGUUGGGCAGCCAUGGGCCCUGCUGAAGAGGUCCAGAGGAAGGUGGGCCCAGAAGAGAUCUCAGGGUAGACCUAGGCACAGGCAGAGCUAGGCUUGAAAUGUGGGGAGUGGGCCAAAGAUCUUAGCUGUGUAAGUUGGGGACAAGAGGCCUGGCUCCAGACCAGCUCUCUCAAUCUGCUCUGGCUUGGUCAUUAAUAAAAGUGGGGCUGACACUUUGUCCUUCAAGGGGCCAGGUGGUUUGGAGAGGUUUGUGGGCCCCCUAUCUCCCCUGACUAUAUUUCCUUGACUGUAAAAUGAGGAUUCUUUCAACAUGCAAGGAGCAUCUGCUCUGUGCUGAGGUUUGUCCUGGGUUUACUGGGGCUUCUGAAUUGAAACCCACAUUAUCUGCCUUCAGGGAGCUUCAAUUUCAAAGUGGGAGCAUGGAACAGGGAGAAUACUCUUGGUGUCCCGAAUGGUCAGAGCAGUCCUGCCUCCCAUUCUACAAGUGGGAAAUUGGAAGCUCAGAGAGCCCAAGGCGGAGUUACCAGGCACACCAGGGUAGAGGCUGGGAUGUCCAUCCCAUCCACCACACGAAGUGGGCUCCUCAGGAGUCUGGAAGGACAAGGGAGGCUUAAUGGGAAAGAGGGGGAGUGGGCAUUCCAGGCAGUGGGAACAGCCCCUGUGGCGGCACAGAGGAGUGUGAAACAGCCCGCAGUUCAGGCUGGCAGGAACGAAGAGCAUUUGUGGGGGAGCACUGGCCUGGAUCUGAUGGGAGUGUGGACUGGAGGGGCUGACCUUUAUCCUUCAGGCCCUGGGGUGCCUCAGAGAUGGGCGGAAGGGAUGUACUCUGAUUCUGCUUGCAGUUCCCUUGAGGUGGGAAGGGGUAGGCUGGAGAGGCUGGGGUGACUCUGUGGCCUGUGCUAGAGGUUAAGCGAAAUACAUGUGGCCAAUAAGGAGGAGAAAAUGUCACUGCCCUUCUUUUCCUCCUCCUCCCACCCAUGGUAUGUGGGGAAGGGCCAGGGUUGCUCGGCCCUGUUUCAGUGAUUAAACAAGCCUGAUGCUUUUCCCAGAGCAGGCAGCCUCUUGCCUCCUCUGUGGACUGGCCAGGAGCUGUUCUGAUCCUGCCCGUUCUCCUCCUGUGGAUCACUCCACCCAGUUGUGUUUUUACAUUCGGGGAGUGUUUUGGUUGCUGCCCCUUGAGGGCUGGAGAACUUUGGCACGAAGUCGGCGCUGAACAAAUGUUUGUAAGCGAAUGAAGGGGUAGACCCUCUGCCCAAGCGCAUCCCUUGGCGGGUAAUUGCUGGAGAGACUGAGCAGUAGCUGAGGGCAGGAGGUGGCCUCUGCCCUCCUCAGGCAGACCCUGUCUUCCCAGAAGAGGAAACUUUCUCCCCCAUCUGUUGGAAACCAGGUGGGGGGCCUUCUGGGAAGCCUGGCCUUGCUGAAGUCCUGGGCUUCUCACCGGGUUCACGAUUCUCUCUGCCGCCCCCUCCUCCUGCCCCCUCCAUGGCAAACAGAGGCUGCCUUGUUCCUGCUCCCAUAGAGCGGCCCUGUUCUCUGCACACUAAAAAUGGAAACCCCCAAGCUAUUUUGGGAGCAGUGCCCAGCCAGGCUGUGGCCACAGCUCCACAGCUCCCACCAGGCUGCUGGACUCUCCUCCAAGCCCCAGCCCUGCUCACUCUGGGGCAGUCUCAGGAGCACCCUGGGGAGGGGGCUUGAUGGGAAGAGCCAACCUGGUCCCAGGGAAGCCUGCUGGACACUAUACAUAGGCAGACUGGCAGCUGGGUGGCAGGAGGGACUGGGCAAUGUGGCCUGGGCUCAGGCACAUCGGGGAAGUGUCUCCCAGCCUGCGAUGCACGGCCUGUCCCAGCACUUUGCCAACCUUGGUGCUUCUGGCUGGGGAAAGUGGUGUUGCUGUGGUUUCCUGGUCCCAACAGGCUUCAGGGAGGGCUUGCAAAAAGGGGUCUGUGAGGGGAGCAGGUGUCUAAGGUCUGGGAAGGUCCUGGGGGUGUGGGGCACAGCUGGGCAUGGUGACUUCCUCUAGGGUUACCCCCACCUCCCACCCCCCAGCCCUGGCUCUACUCUGACCUGCAGGAGAGGAAAUAGCAGGAGAUGGCCUGGCUUCCACAACAGCUCUGGGACUUAGGGCUCAAACCAGGGAAGUGGGUGUGUGUCUGUAUGGGGUCUGAAUGUGGCUGGUGGUGUGUCUCUCUGGUGGGUGGGUGUGACUGCCUGUGUGGAGUGCAUGUUUCUGUGUGUAAGGAGGUUGUCUCUGGAUGUGUCUCUGGAUAGUGUGUCCGGGUGGGGUGUCUCCCUGUUUCUGGGUAUGUGUCUCCGUGUUGUGUGUGCAGGUUGUAUGUGCAUGCAUCUGUGUGUGCAUGCACCCACGUGUUUGUGUGUGGGGCUGUGCAUGCAGGAUGGGUGGUGUGCUUGGUGUGUGCGAGCACGUAUCUGCUUAUGCGCUGGUGGCUUGGGCUAAGCUAGCCCUGGUCCUACAUGGACGGUGAGUACCUGGGGGCCUUGAGAAGGCAGUUUGGGCAGAGGGUGAGAAUGGGAGAGAAAGGGACUUCGGGGGGGACAGGGCAAAGGUGGGGGCCUGACUGGGCCCUGCCAGCCAGGGGCUCCUUCCCAGCUGCCCUUUCCCAGGCCCCAAGGCUGCCUGGUUCUGCUGCCCUCCCCCUCCCUGUGGGCUCUGAGGAGACGUCCCCUGUGGAAUGUGUUUGGUGGCCUAAGGCCAGGCUGGGCCCAGCUCCACCAGCAGACUGGGCAGCGCGGAGGGGGACCUUUCUGCUGCCUCCACGUGGGGAGCCCAGGGCUCCCACAGGCUUGCAGCCCAGCCCCCAGCUUCAUGCUUUGCUCUCUCUCUCUGGCUAGGUGACUCUCACACAGGUCAUGCUGCUGUCUCCUGAUCCAGCCGGCCCUGCCAGGUGACCAUGCCUGCCCUCGGCCCAGCUCUUCUCCAGGCGCUCUGGGCCGGGUGGGUCCUCACCCUCCAGCCCCCUCCACCAGCUGCUUUCACUCCCAAUGGUACGCAUCUGCAGCACCUGGCACGGGAUCCUGCCUCAGGCACCCUCUACCUAGGGGCCACCAACUUCCUGUUCCAGCUGAGCCCUGAACUGCAGCUGGAGGCCACUGUGUCCACUGGCCCUGUGCUAGACAGCAGGGACUGUCUGCCGCCUGUGAUGCCUGAUGAAUGUCCCCAGGCCCAGCCCACCAACAACCUGAACCAGCUGCUCCUGGUGAGCCCGGGGGCCCUGGUGGUGUGUGGCAGUGUGCACCAGGGAGUCUGUGAGCAGCGGCGCCUAGGGCAGCUCGGGCAGCUGCUGCUCCGGCCAGAGCGGCCUGGGGACACCCAGUACGUGGCUGCCAAUGACCCUGCCGUCAGCACCGUGGGACUGGUGGCCCAGGGCUCCGCUGGGGAGCCCCUCCUGUUUGUGGGGCGGGGCUAUACCAGUAGGGGUGUGGGGGGUGGCAUUCCUCCCAUCACGACUCGAGCUUUACGGCCAGUGGACCCCCAGGCCGCCUUUUCGUACGAGGAGACGGCCAAGCUGGCCGUGGGCCGCCUCUCCGAGUACAGCCACCACUUUGUGAGCGCCUUUGCGCGUGGGGCCAGCGCCUACUUCCUGUUCCUCCGACGGGACCUACAGGCUCAGUCUAGAGCCUUUCGUGCCUAUGUGUCCCGCGUGUGCCUCCGGGACCAGCACUACUACUCCUAUGUGGAGCUACCUCUGGCCUGUCAGGGGGGCCGCUAUGGGCUGAUUCAGGCUGCAGCAGUGGCCACGUCUUCGGAGGUGGCCCAGGGGGAGGUGCUCUUUGCAGCCUUCUCCUCAGCUGCUCCCCCCACUGUGGGCCGGCCCCCAUCGGCAGCUGCCGGGGCAUCUGGAGCCUCUGCCCUCUGUGCCUUCCCCUUGGAUGAGGUGGACCGCCUUGCUAAUCGCACACGCGAUGCCUGCUACACCCGGGAGGGCCGCGCUGAGGAUGGGGCUGAGGUGGCCUACAUCGAGUAUGAUGUCAAUUCUGACUGUGCACAGCUGCCCGUGGACACCUUGGAUGCUUAUCCCUGUGGCUCAGACCACACGCCCAGCCCCAUGGCCAGCCGUGUCCCCUUGGAAGCCACGCCAGUUCUGGAGUGGCCAGGGGUUCAGCUAACAGCUGUGGCAGUCACCGUGGAAGAUGGACACACCAUUGCUUUUCUGGGUGACAGUCAGGGACAGCUGCAUAGGGUCUACUUGGGCCUGGGGAGUGAUGGCCACCCGUACUCCACACAGAGCAUCCAGCAGGGGUCUGCAGUAAGCAGAGACCUCAUCUUUGAUGGGGCCUUCGAGCAUCUGUAUGUCAUGACCCAGAGCACACUUCUCAAGGUUCCUGUGGCCUCCUGUGCUCAGCACCUGGACUGUGAGUCUUGCCUGGCCCACAGGGACCCAUACUGUGGGUGGUGUGUGCUCCUUGGCAGGUGCAGCCGCCGUUCUGAGUGCUCGCGGGGCCAAGGCCCAGAGCGCUGGCUGUGGAGCUUCCAGCCUGAGCUGGGUUGUCUUCGAGUAGCAGCCUUGAGUCCCGCUAACAUCAGCCGAGAGGAGAGGAGGGAGAUUUUCUUGUCAGUACCUGACCUGCCACCCCUGGGGCUGGGGGAGUCUUAUUCUUGCCACUUUGAGGAGUACCAGAGUCCUGCCCUGCUGACCAGUUCUGGUGUGAUGUGCCCCUCCCCCGACCCUAGUGAGGCCCCAGUGCUGCCAAGAGGAGCCGAUCACAUCUCCGUGAGUGUGGAGCUCAGAUUAGGUGCAGUUGUGAUUGCCAAGGCUUCCCUCUCCUUCUAUGACUGUGUGGCAGUCACCGAGCUCCGGCCGUCUGCACAGUGCCAGGCCUGCGUGAGCAGCCACUGGGGGUGUAACUGGUGUGUCUGGCAGCAUCUGUGCACACACAAGGCCUCGUGUGAUGCCGGGCCCAUGGUGGUUAGCCAACAGAGCCCGCUUCUCUCCCCAGCCUCUCCUGCAAGAGAUGCACCCACCUCCUUCCCACCCGCAGCCCCCAAGGCCACGGUCACCCCAGCUCCUGACACCCUUCCCCUGGAGCCUGGGGCUCCUUCUACAGCCUCAGCCUCGGAUGUCCCCCCUGGGGCCAGGCCUUCCUUGCUCAGUCCCUGGGGGCCAUGGGCAGGUUCCAGCCCCACACCUGCCUCGGCCUCCACAGAGACACCCUUCUCUGAGGACCCUUCUCCCAGCCCCCAUGAUGGACCUGCAACUGCUGUCCCUGCCCCUACGGCCCUCGGACCCAUGGCCACAUCCGAGGACCUCUUGGCCUCCCACCCAUCGCCCUCAGAUGUGGCAGCACUGCCCCCUGUCCCUGCAGAGCCUGGCCCUGAGGCCCUCCCCUCUGCAGUACCCCUGGACCAGCCCCCCGGCACUGCUCCCGCCACAACUUUCCCAGGGGCCACUGGCUCCACGAAACCCGCUCUGGACUGGCUCCUGAGAGAAGGCGGCGAGCUGCCCGAGGCGGACGAGUGGACGGGGGGUGACACGCCCGCCUUCUCCACUUCCACCCUCCUCUCAGGUGAUGGAGACUCGGCUGAGCACGAGGGCCCUCCCGCCCCCCUCAUCCUCCUGUCCAGCCUCGACUACCAGUCUGACACCCCCAGGCUCUGGGAGCUGGAGGAGGUGAACUGGGGGGCAGGCUCCUGCCCUUGUGUGGAGAGCGUUCAGGGCUCCACGCUGAUGCCAGUCCAUGUGCAGCGAGAAAUCCGGCUGCUGGGCAGGAACCUCCGCCUCUUCCAGGAUAGCCCAGGAGACAAUGAGUGUGUGAUGGAGCUGGAGGGGCACGAGGUUUUGGUUGAGGCCCGGGUCGAGUGUGAGCCGCCUCCAGACACCCGGUGCCAUGUCACAUGUCAGACGCACCAGCUCAGCUAUGAGGCUCUGCAGCCAGAGCUCCGUGUAGGGCUGUUUCUGCGUCGGGCCGGCCACCUGCGUGUGGACAGUGUGGAUGGGCUGCAUGUGGUGCUCUAUGACUGUUCCGUGGGACAUGAGGAUUGCAGCCGCUGCCAAACCGCCAUGCCCCAGUAUGGGUGUGUGUGGUGCAAGGGGGAGCGUCCACGGUGUGUGGCCCGGGAGGCCUGUGGCAAGGCUGAGGCUGUGGUCUCCCAGUGCCCGGCACCCCUCAUCCACUCGGUGGAACCUCUGACUGGACCUAUAGACGGAGGCACCCGUGUCACCAUCAGGGGCUCCAACCUGGGCCAACAUGUGCAGGACGUGCAAGACACUGUCAGAGUGGCUGGAGUGCCCUGUGUUGUGGACCCUCAGGAGUACGAGGUGUCCAGCAGCCUCGUGUGUAUCACUAAGGCCAGCAGGGAGGAGGUGGCAGGCUCUGUGACAGUGGAGGUGCCAGGAAGAGGACGCGGUGUCUCAGAGCACGACUUUGCCUACCAGGACCCGAAAGUACAUUCUAUCUUCCCGGCCCGAGGCCCCAGAGCUGGGGGCACCAGUCUCACCCUGCACGGCUCCAAGCUCCUGACUGGGCGGCUAGAAGACAUCCGAGUGGUGGUUGGAGACCAGCCUUGUCACUUGCUGCUGGAGCAGCAGGCAGAGCAGCUGCGGUGUGAGACCAGCCCACACCCGACACCCGCCACACUUCCCGUGGCUGUGUGGUUUGGGGCCACCGAGCGGAGACUUCAGCACAGCCAGUUCGAGUACACAUCAGACCCCAAUGUCACCUCUGCUGGCCCCACCAAGAGCUUCCUCAGUGGAGGACGUGAGAUACGGGUCCGUGGCCAGAAUCUGGAUGUGGUACAGACACCAAGGAUCCGAGUGACUGUGGCCCUAGGAGCACCAUGGCCGGGCCAGGGGCUUGCGCGGAGGCGCCGUGUGAUCCCGGAGACAGCAUGCUCCCCCGGAGCCUCCUGUGGUGGCCUUCAUUUUGAGGAGCUCUGCCACGUGAACUCCUCCCAGCUCAUCACGUGCCGCACACCGGCCCUCCCAGGCCUGCCUGAGGACCCCUGGGUCCGUGUGGAAUUUAUUCUUGACAACCUGGUCUUUGACUUUGCCACACUGAACCCCACACCCUUCUCCUAUGAAGCUGACCCCACUCUGCAGCCCCUCAACCCCGAGGACCCCACUGCGCCGUUCCGGCACAAGCCUGGGAGUGUGCUCUCUGUGGAGGGGGAAAAUCUGGACCUUGCAAUGUCCAAGGAGGAGGUGGUGGCCAUGAUAGGGGACGGCCCCUGCGUGGUGAAGACACUGACCAGGCACCACCUGUACUGCGAGCCCCCAGUGGAGCAGCCCCUGCCCCGGCACCACGCCCUCCGUGAGGCACCGGACGCUUUGCCUGAAUUCACGGUGCAGAUGGGGAACUUGCGCUUCUCCCUGGGCCACGUACAGUAUGAUGGCGAGAGCCCCUUGCCUUUCCCCAUGGCAGCCCAGGUGGGCUUGGGGGUGGGCACCUCUCUUCUGGCUCUGGGUGUCAUCAUCAUUGUCCUCAUGUACAGGAGGAAGAGCAAGCAGGCCCUGAGGGACUAUAAGAAGGUGCAGAUCCAGCUGGAGAAUCUGGAGAGCAGCGUGCGGGACCGCUGCAAGAAGGAAUUCACGGACCUUAUGACUGAGAUGACCGAUCUUACCAGUGACCUUCUGGGCAGUGGCAUCCCUUUCCUCGACUAUAAGGUGUAUGCUGAGAGGGUCUUCUUCCCUGGGCACCAGGAGUCACCCUUGCACCGGGACCUGGGUGUGCCUGAGAGCAGGCGACCCACUGUGGAGCAAGGGCUGGGGCAGCUCUCCAACCUGCUCAACAGCAAGCUCUUCCUGACCAAGUUCAUCCAUACCCUGGAGAGCCAGCGCACCUUCUCAGCUCGGGACCGCGCCUAUGUGGCAUCUCUGCUCACCGUGGCGCUGCAUGGGAAGCUUGAGUACUUCACCGACAUCCUGCGCACCCUGCUCAGUGACCUGGUGGCCCAGUACGUGGCCAAGAACCCCAAGCUGAUGCUGCGCAGGACAGAGACCGUGGUGGAGAAGCUGCUCACCAACUGGAUGUCCAUCUGCCUCUACACUUUUGUGAGGGACUCGGUAGGAGAGCCUCUGUACAUGCUUUUCCGUGGAAUUAAGCAUCAAGUGGACAAGGGCCCGGUGGACAGUGUGACUGGCAAAGCCAAAUACACCCUGAAUGACAACCGGCUGCUCCGAGAGGACGUGGAGUACCGUCCCCUGACCUUGAAUGCUCUGUUGGCUGUGGGCCCUGGAGCAGGAGAAGCCCAGGGUGUCCCCGUGAAGGUCCUGGACUGUGACACCAUCUCCCAGGCCAAGGAGAAGAUGCUGGACCAGCUUUAUAAAGGAGUGCCUCUUGCCCAGCGGCCAGAUCCCCGCACCCUGGAUGUUGAAUGGCGGUCUGGGGUGGCUGGGCAUCUCAUUCUUUCUGACGAGGACGUGACUUCUGAGGUGCAGGGUCUGUGGAGGCGCCUGAACACCCUGCAGCAUUACAAGGUCCCAGACGGAGCCACUGUGGCCCUCGUCCCCUGCCUCACCAAGCAUGUUCUUCGGGAAAGCCAGGAUUAUGUCCCUGGAGAGAGGACUCCAAUGCUGGAGGACGUGGACGAGGGUGGCAUCCGGGCUUGGCCAAGCGAGGAGCCGGAGCCACCUAGGCCUCGGAGGGGCAGCCUUCGGGGCGGGGAGCGCGAACGAGCCAAGGCCAUCCCUGAGAUCUACCUGACCCGCCUGCUGUCCAUGAAGGGCACCCUGCAGAAGUUUGUGGAUGACCUGUUCCAGGUGAUUCUCAGCACCAGCCGUCCCGUGCCACUCGCAGUGAAGUACUUCUUUGACCUGCUGGACGACCAGGCGCAGCAGCACGGCAUCUCUGACCAGGACACCGUCCACAUCUGGAAGACCAACAGCUUGCCGCUGAGGUUCUGGAUCAAUAUAAUCAAAAACCCGCAGUUUGUGUUUGACGUUCAGACAUCGGAUAACAUGGAUGCAGUGCUCCUGGUCAUUGCACAGACCUUCAUGGACGCUUGCACCCUGGCUGACCACAAGCUGGGCCGGGACUCCCCCAUCAACAAACUUCUGUACGCUCGAGAUAUUCCCCGUUACAAACGGAUGGUGGAAAGGUACUACGCAGACAUCAGGCAGACCGUCCCCGCCAGUGAUCAAGAGAUGAACUCCAUCCUGGCCGAGCUGUCCCGGAACUACUCCGGAGACCUCGGGGCCCGAGUGGCCCUGCAUGAGCUCUACAAAUAUAUCAACAAAUACUAUGAUCAGAUCAUCACUGCCCUGGAGGAGGACGGCACGGCCCAGAAGAUGCAGCUGGGCUAUCGGCUCCAGCAGAUCGCAGCGGCUGUGGAGAAUAAGGUCACGGAUCUCUAGGGACUUGCGAGCCCUGGCCUGAUGUCGCCUCAGCCCCCGCUGGGCAGCCCCGGAACCAUGAGGGAGAGACCACCUUCUUAGAUACCUGUAGUGCCUGCCCAGCAGACUUAGUGGAAGGUGGCUCCCAGUCUCUUGGUGGCUCUGGCCUGGGCCCUGCUGGACGCCCCUCGCAGCCUAGGGCCUUGAGGUGGAUGGGGCGGUGCUCAGCCCGCUCCCUGAGCCCAGUGACCCUGUGGGCCGUUCUCUGUGUGACGUCAGUCUGCGGGGAGUUGGGGACUAAGGGCUUCCAGCCCCAGGGGAGACUACCGUUCCUGAACACUGGCCUUUAUCUCAGCGGGAUCCAGAGAGGAAGGAGGAGAGCCCCCACGUCUGUCCCGCCUUCCUCCUCCAUCAUCCCUGACCUCAGUUCUGCCGCCUCUGGCCUUGUUGCUGCUGCCACGUUCCUAGGUCCGAGAGAUGAAUGCCUUUCCUGGGCUGCUGCAGACGGACCCCGCAGCAGGGCUGGCUGCCUCAGGGCCAGCUUGCCUCCGAGGCAGCCAGUGGUGAGGGGCGUGUGCUGCAGGGGGGUCUUGGGGAGAGUGGUGGCCCCAGUGACCUGGCUCUUCAUUAAAGGAUAACACACUGUC